UACCGCAUCAUCUACGCAUUUUCAACGCAGUCCUGGUGGAAAAACACCUUUAGACCUUCCUUCAUAAUGAGGAACAUCUGCUCUCAUAAAACAGUCUUGGCGCUAAGCCUACCUACACUUUUCUUUGUCUACCACAUACCAUACUCUAUAAGGUUCCUUGAGGGCUUGAUUCCUAUGGGUAAAUGUGAGUUAUACCAUGCAGACAUGAAGCUGGACAAUGCUGGGGACAAAGGUCUUAACUUUGGGUCUAGAACUGACGUUCAGACCUGCACUUACUGGGGUGCACCCAUCAUCUGGGAUGGGAUGUUCAACCCAGAAGUUUAUGAUCGGACCCAUACAAAAGACCAUACCUCGGUGGCCUUGACUGUAUUUGCUGUGGGCAGGUACCUUGAUGUGUAUUUGAAGGACUUCUUGAUCUCGGCAGAGCUCCACUUUAUGGUGGGUUUUCCUGUGACUUACUAUGUCUUUACAGAUGUCCCAGAGAAGAUUCCGGCCCUAAAACUGGCAUCAGGGCGAAAGCUGAAAUUAAUGCCUGUGAAACGCCACUCUCGGUGGCAGGACGUCUCAAUGAUGCGCAUGAAAUCCAUCAGGGACGCCAUCGACAGCUAUAUCCAGCAUAAUCAUCAGUAUGUCUUCUGCAUGGACGUGGACCAGGUCUUCAGGGGCCGCUUUGGCACCGAGGCUUUGGGGGACUCUGUGGCCCUCCUCCACGCGCACUACUACCAUCGCUUCAGGAGAAUGUGGACCUACGACCGAAACCCCAAGUCCCAGGCCUACAUGGCGGAUUCUCAGGGCGACUUCUACUACCACGCAGCAGUGUUCGGUGGGUCCUGGCAGAGCGUGAAGCAGAUUACGGACACAUGCUACCGCACCAUCAUGGAGGACAAAAAGAAUCGGGUGGAGGCUCUGUGGCACGAUGAGAGCCACCUGAACAAGUACUUCUGGAAGCACAAGCCCAGCAAGGUGCUGUCUCCCGAGUACUGCUGGGAUACCUCCAUUGGGUAUCGCAGUGAUAUCCAUAUUGCACGACUCCUCUGGCAAGAGAAGCAAUAUGACCGGCUUAGGGGCACAGGAAGCUGAUGGUGGAGCUGUGGAUGCCUAUGCAAGCAGCAGUAUACUGAUGCUUAAUUUAUUUGCCUGAUGCUUUUAUCCAAAGCAACUUACAUAUGUCCCUUAUUACAAUAGUAGGUGGGCCUAUGUGUCUAAUUUAGGGCAUGUUAAUUUUUGGAGAGUAUUAUAUCUUUGUUCUAGG